AUGAUAAAGUAUAGUACCGCUCUUGAAUUUACCAAAUACUUGAUUAAGGAAACUCAUUACCUGCCUUGGUUCACAGCUAUUGGCAGGUUGGAACAUAUAGUUGAUCGCCUAGAAAAUACCGGAAAUUUUGGAUAUUUUGCCAAUUAUUACUUACAACAAUUGAAGCCAUUGCUUAAGAUCUUAAAAUUCGAAAAUACUGGUGACCACUUGGAAAGAUUACUAAGAGUAGCAGCUAUGGGAGUUGCAUGCCGUCUUAACGAGUAUGAAUGCAAUAAGGAUGCCAGCAAGAUGUUCUGGGAUAACGCUAUGAAUGACUCUAACAUGAUACCACCAUCUUUGAGGAGAAUAGUCUUAUCGGCAGCUGUUGCUAAUGGAGAUUCUAGGGCCUUCACCAGGAUAUGGAAUAAACUUAAUACCACGUAUAAGACUACCAUUAGACCAGAUAUGUUAAGGGCUUUAGCUAGAUCUAAAGAACCUUGGUUGCUUAAGGCCUACAUACAUAUGGCACUCCAUUCAAAUAAUCUUAGCCAAGGCGAAAAAGCUAACGUCUUUAAUUUCGUAGCCGCGAAUCCUGUUGGUCGACAUGUACCGUGGGAAUAUAUCAAAACUAACUUCAACAUGAUGUAUGGACAGGCUAAAAACAAUUCUCAAUUGAAUACAUUUGGAAGAAUGUUCGUAAGCUCUGUCCAGAGAUUCGAUACCAUGCCAAAGUAUAUGGAGGUGGAAAUGUUCUUUGAGAGACAUCCAGAGCUUAGCGGUUAUAAAUCUUCUGUAUUAAAUAGCAUCCAUACCAACAUUAUGUGGUUACAAAAACAUGCAAUGCAAAUUAAGCAGUUUUGUCAGGCUAAUACAGAGCAUAUGGAGACUAUGUAA